CUUUCGGGGUGGGGGGUGCCUGAGAGGAUAUGUGUGUGUGUGCGAGGUCUGGAUGGUGCUGUGCGUGUGGACUUGGAUCAGAGACGGGAGACACACGGAGGAGAGAAAAGCUCCGUGCUGGCACGACCCAGGCAAUCGGAUUUUUCUAAUGUAAAAGAUCAUUCUGAACCAUGGAGGUCCUGCAGUGUGAUGGCUGCGAUUUUCGAGCUCCAUCUUACGAAGACCUAAAAGCUCACAUUCAGGAUGUUCACACUGCUUUUCUGCAGCCAACUGAUGUCUCUGAGGAGAGUCCUACCCAGCCGAGGUCUGGUUCCAUCAACGCUAGCAACCAGACCGAGGUUGAAUUUUCUUCUGUAAAGGAUGAAUUUGCAAUUGCAGAUGACAUAGCAGGGCAAAAUGCAACAAGUCAGAUGGGGACUGGAAGUUACUAUAGCCAGAGCCAGACUUUCUAUGGCCAGCAUAUGGCUCCAAAUCCUAAACCAACCAGCAAGUUUUUCCAGUGCAAGUUCUGUGUGCGUUACUUCCGUUCCAAAAACCUCCUCAUAGAGCACACACGGAAGGUUCAUGGAGCACAAGCUGGGGGGAGCUCAGUGGGCCCGCCAGCUUCUAGUUCCCUAAAUUACAACAUCAUGAUGCAUGAAGGGUUUGGUAAAGUUUUCAGUUGCCAGUUCUGCACCUACAAGUCACCCAGGCGUGCGAGGAUUAUUAAGCACCAGAAAAUGUAUCACAAAAACAACCUGAAAGAGAGUUCAGCUCCUGCUGCUGCUGCUGCUGCUGCUGCUGCUGCUGCUGCUGCUGCUGCUGCUGCUGCUGUGUCUGAAUCAACGUCUGCUUCUGUGCCAGUGCAGGAACCCUGCAAGGAGCUGCCAGCAGAGGUGGUGGAGCGGAGCAUUUUGGAGUCGAUGGUCAAGCCCCUGACCAAGUCUAGGGGCAACUUUUGCUGUGAGUGGUGCAGCUACCAGACACCUCGGCGGGAGCGCUGGUGCGACCACAUGAUGAAGAAGCACCGCAGCAUGGUGAAAAUCCUGUCGAGCCUGAGGCAGCAGCAGGAUGGAACCGGUGCACCUGAGGUGCAGAGUAAGAGUGCCCAGAGUGCCUCUCCAAACUCGAAUUACAUGUCCAUGAACACAACAGGACGUGAGAUGUCGAGUGCUAAUGUCUCUAACUUCAGGGGAUCUAUGGGCAAUUCACUUAUCAGGCCCAACUCUUCUACAUCUUCAAAGUUUUCUUCUGUGUCUUACCCUCAAAUGAAGCCUAAGUCACCUCACAACUCGGGCAUGGUUAAUUUGUCUGACAGAUCCCGCUAUGGAAUUGCUGAUAUGACGAAUUCUUCUGCUGACCUGGAAACAAGCAGUAUGCUAAAUGACUCCAGCUCAGAUGAAGAGCUAAAUGAAAUGGACAGCGAGAAUGGCUUAAACUCCAUGGAUCACCAGACCUCAGGAAUGUCUGCAGAGCAGCUGAUGGGAUCUGAUGGCAACAAACUAUUGGAAACAAAGGGAAUUCCCUUCAGAAGAUACAUGAACAGGUUCCAGUGUCCUUUCUGCCCUUUCCUGACGAUGCACCGCCGAAGCAUUUCCCGUCACAUUGAGAACAUCCACCUGUCUGGGAAGACGGCUGUGUACAAGUGUGACGAGUGCCCCUUCACCUGCAAGAGUUCCCUGAAGCUCGGUGCCCACAAGCAGUGUCACACGGGAACAGCAUCCGACUGGGACACCAUGAACUCCCAGGCUGAGAGCAUUGCCUCGUCCCUGAACGACAGCACGGUGUCUUACGAGAGUGGGAAUAUCAACGGCAGGAAGUCAGCUGGGAUGAUGGAACCCGUGCAGCCCCAGCCGCCACAGCCGCAACUGCAGCAGCCGCAGCAGCAGCAGCAACAAUCACCCCAGCCCCAUUCACAGCAUCCAUACAAGUGCACGUUGUGCAACUAUUCCACCACCACUUUGAAAGGCCUCAGAGUUCAUCAGCAGCACAAGCAUUCGUUCUGUGACAACUUGCCAAAAUACGAUGGGCCGCCAUCAAACACACCGCAGGAGAGCGAGGCAGAUGCUCACCCCUCUGCCAGCACUGUGAAGAAGAGCCAAACCUCCAUCCUUGGGCUCUCAUCUAAAAAUAACUUUGUUGCAAAAGCCCCUAGGAAGGUCUCAAAUGACUUCCCUUUAGAUCUCUCUCCCGUGAAAAAGAGAACUAGAAUUGAUGAAAUAGCGAGCAACCUGCAGAGCAAGAUCAGCCAAAACAAACAGCAGGAGGAUGCUGUGAUUAACGUAGAGGAUGAUGAGGAAGAGGAGGAGGACAAUGAGGUGGAGAUAGAGGUGGAGUUAGACAGAGAGGAAGAACAAUCAGAACCAAUGAUAGAGGUUUCCAGUUCUUACGCACCCCAGCAAAUGUGGGGCAGAGAGGCUAAUGAUUCCCAGAAGGAGACGAGCUUCAGGAGCAUGCAGCACGACUACAAUUCCACCAACGGGGCAGAGAUUGAGCUCACUUUGUCUGAGGAUGAGGAGGACUACUACUCUGCUGUCAGCAUGAAGGACCAUCAAAGCCCUAAUGCCUCUGUUCUGGGCAGCCAGUCCAACAUAUACGGUACCGACCAGAACAAUGAGAAUUCGGAGUUCACUGACUCUGGCAGGCUUUACUAUUGUAAACACUGUGAUUUCAGCAACAAAUCUGCCAGGAGUGUCAGUACCCACUACCAGCGAAUGCAUCCCUACAUUAAAUUCAGCUUCAGGUACAUCCUGGAUCCCAAUGAUCACAGUGCAGUGUACCGGUGCCUCGAGUGUUACAUUGACUACACAAAUUUUGAAGACCUGCAGCAGCAUUAUGGAGAGCAUCAUCCUGAAGCUAUGAAUGUACUGAACUUUGAUCAUUCUGAUCUGAUCUACCGCUGUCGCUUCUGCUCUUACACAAGCCCAAAUGUUAGAAGCUUGAUGCCACAUUACCAAAGAAUGCAUCCCACAGUGAAAAUUAACAAUGCAAUGAUAUUUUCAAGCUAUGUUGUUGAGCAGCAAGAAGGGCUGAACACCGAGUCUCAGACAUUGAGAGAGAUCUUGAAUUCUGCUCCAAAAACUAUGGCAACCUCCACCCCCGUGGCUCGCGGGACUGGUGUGCCAGCUGGUUUUAACAAAAGUGCCACCAAGAGUUUCAGUCCUGAAUGUGAAAAUCAGAAGGAACCUUCAGUCAACACUGUGGUUGUGUACGACUGUGAUGUGUGUUCAUUUGCAAGCCCUAACAUGCAUUCAGUUUUGGUGCACUACCAGAAGAAGCACCCCGAAGAAAAGGCCUCAUAUUUCAGAAUCCAGAAGACCAUGCGUGUCGUCUCUGUUGACAGGGGCUCUGCCCUCGCCCAAAUGUCGUUUGAGCUGGGCGCUCCCAUCUCCCCGAAACUCUCCAACUUGGCUUCUCAGCCUCCACCUCCCCCACCACCGCCCCCAGACCUCUCUACUGAGCUCUACUACUGCAAACACUGUUCCUACAGCAACCGCUCUGUCGUGGGCGUGCUUGUCCACUACCAGAAGAGGCACCCGGAGAUCAAGGUCACAGCCAAGUACAUCCGGCAGGCCCCGCCGACCGCAGCCAUGAUGCGAGCAGGGGAGCUGCCGCCCGGCAUCCAGAGGCCACCCGUGUCUAUGCAGCAGCUGGGCCGCGGUGGGUCCGAGAGCUCCGUGAACCCUCCAGAGAACGAAAUGUUCUUCUGCCAGCACUGUGAUUACGGGAACCGGACCGUGAAGGGUGUGCUCAUCCACUACCAGAAGAAGCACCGCGACUUCAAAGCCAACGCGGAUGUGAUCAGGCAGCACACGGCCACCAUCAGGAGCCUUUGUGACCGCGGCCAGAAGAAAUCAGCUGGCAGCCUGCCCGCCCACGCCUCCAGCAGCGAGCGGGACAAGUCCAAGCUGAGAGCCCUCAAGUGCAGACAGUGCAGCUACACCUCCCCUUACUUCUAUGCAUUGAGGAAGCAUAUUAAGAAGGACCACCCGAAUCUGAAGGCCACGGUGACAUCCAUACUGAGAUGGGCAUUUCUGGACGGCUUGAUAGAAGCUGGUUAUCACUGUGAAUGGUGCAUUUAUUCACACACGGAGCCGAGUGGCUUGCUUGUGCAUUACCAAAGGAGACAUCCCGAGCAUUAUGUUGAUUACACCUACAUGGCAACCAAGCUCUGGGCAGGUCCCGAUCCUUCCCCUCCUGCUCUAGUGAUGCCAACAGAGAUGAAGACCUAUAAAUGCAGAGACUGCAUUUUUGAAGCAUCUUCUAUUUGGGAUAUUACUAAUCACUACCAAGCAUUUCACCCUUGGGCCAUGAAUGGAGAUGAAUCUGUGUUGUUAGAUAUCAUUAAGGAGAAAGAUACUUCCGACAAAACCAUGCCACAGCCUGAUGAAGGUGGGGUCAGGAUAGAAUCUGAGGACCAGAUAGCGGCACCACAGAUGGAUCAGGAUGCAGAGUGUGCAGAGGAUCCCAGCCUUUCUCAUGAAAAAACUGUCCAGCUGGCUUCUGCAAAUCCUGCCAUCUCCUCCACUCCAUACCAGUGUACAGUGUGCCAAUCUGAGUACAACAACCUGCACGGCCUCCUGACACAUUACGGCAAAAAGCAUCCUGGCAUGAAAGUGAAGGCAGCGGACUUUGCUCAGGAUAUAGACAUUAACCCAGGGGCUGUGUACAAGUGCAGACACUGCCCAUACAUUAACACACGCAUUCAUGGCGUCCUCACACACUACCAGAAGCGGCACCCAUCAGUAAAAGUCACUGCUGAAGACUUUGUGCAUGACGUGGAGCAGUCGACUGACAUUGCUCAGAACGACGUGGAAGAGACAAGCAGGAUUUUCAAGCAAGGCUAUGGGGCUUACCGCUGCAAACUCUGCCCCUACACCCAUGGGACUCUUGAGAAGCUGAAAAUCCACUACGAGAAGUACCACAAUCAACCCGAAUUUGAUGUUUUUGCCCAGUCACCACCAAAGGUGUCUGCCUCAGUGGAGCCAGACAUGGUGACUGAAAUCAAGGCCUCCCCAGAAAUUGCUGCUGAGGAUGUUGGAGAGGUGUCCAUGCCGGCGCCUCAUUUCUCUAGUUCUCACUUAGUGUCUCACACAGUUUUCCGGUGUCAGCUCUGUAAAUAUUUCUGCUCCACCCGGAAGGGGAUAGCAAGACACUACCGCAUCAAACACAACAACGUCCGGGCGCAGCCAGAGGGCAAGAACAACCUCUUCAAGUGUGCUCUGUGCUCCUACACCAACCCCAUCCGCAAAGGGCUCGCGGCACACUACCAGAAAAGACAUGACAUUGAUGCUUACUACACUCACUGCCUGGCAGCCUCCAGGACAGUAAGCGACAAACCCAAUAAAGUGAUCAUUCCAUCUCCUCCCAAGGAUGACACUCCUCAGCUCAGCGAGGAGCUGAGGAGGGCUGUAGAGAAGAAGAAGUGCUCACUCUGUUCCUUCCAGUCCUUCAGCAAGAAGGGCAUAGUGUCCCACUACAUGAAGCGUCACCCCGGUGUUUUCCCUAAGAAGCAGCACGCCAGCAAGCUGGGGGGGUACUUCACUGCCGUGUACGCUGAUGAGCACGAAAAACCAGCUCCAGCCGAGGAGAGGAACGACUUUGAAAAGCCUGAGGUGGAGGCUGAGGCUCAGGAAAUCGAGUGGCUUCCCUUCAGGUGCAUUAAAUGUUUCAAGCUGUCCUUCAGCACGGCAGAGCUGCUGUGCAUGCAUUACACUGACCACCACAGCAAGGAUUUGAAGAGGGACUUUUCCAUACUUGGAAGUGGCACCCGCUCUCAGAGCCCUGUCUACCAGUGCAAGCACUGUGAUACAAAAUUGCAUAGCACGGCAGAGCUGACUGCACACUUGAAUGGUCACAAUGAGGAAUUCCAGAAGCGUGCCAAACGUCAGGAGAGGAGGAAGCAGCUUUUGAGCAAGCAGAAAUAUGCAGAUGGUGCUUUUGCAGAUUUCAAACAAGAGAGGGCUUUUGGACACUUGGAAGAUGUUUCAAAACUCAAGGAGAGGAAGGUGGUUGGCUACAAGUGCAAAUUUUGCGUGGAAGUCCAUCCAACACUUCGAGCCAUCUGUAAUCACCUCCGCAAGCACGUCCAGUAUGGGAAUGUCUCUUCUGUGUCGGCCACUGUAAAGGGUCUGCGGUCUCACGAGAGGAGUCACUUGGCUCUGGCCAUGUUUGCCCGGGAAGACAAGUACAGCUGCCAGUAUUGCUCCUUUGUCUCUGCUUUCAGGCACAACCUGGACCGUCACAUGCAGACCCACCACGGGCACCACAAGCCGUUCCGCUGCAAGCUCUGCCCCUUCAAGUCCUCCUACAACAGCCGCCUGAAAACACAUAUCCUCAAGGCUCACGCUGGUGAACAUGCCUACAAAUGUUCCUCCUGCUCAUUUUCCACCAUGACAAUCAGCCAGCUGAAAGAGCACUCCUUGAAAGUGCAUGGGAAAGCACUGACACUACCAAGACCCCGCAUUGUCAACCUUGCAGCCUCACACGCCCACCACACCUCCAAGAACCACACUCCUGCUGAAGAAGUGGAGGACUCUAAUGACUCUUCAUACUCGGAGCCUCCUGACGUUCAGCAGCAGUUGAACCACUACCAGUCUGCAGCUUUGGCCAGGAACAACAACAACAUCAGCCCAAUCCCACUCUCUGGGAGUGCUGCAGGAGUGGAAAAAGCAGAAGCCAUCCUCAACUGUGAAUUUUGCGAAUUCUCUUCGGGUUACAUACAGAGCAUCCGGCGCCACUACCGCGACAAGCACGGCGGGAAGAAGCUCUUCAAGUGCAAAGAUUGUUCCUUUUAUACGGGCUUUAAAUCUGCUUUUACUAUGCACGUGGAGGCCGGGCAUUCAGCAGUCCCCGAGGAAGGACCCAAAGACCUUCGAUGCCCUCUCUGUCUCUACCACACCAAAUACAAACGCAACAUGAUUGACCACAUAGUUCUGCACAGAGAGGAGAGGGUCGUUCCCAUCGAAGUCUGCCGUUCCAAGCUGUCCAAGUACCUGCAGGGAGUCGUUUUCCGCUGUGACAAGUGUACCUUCACCUGCUCCAGUGACGAGAGCUUGCAGCAGCACAUAGAGAAGCACAAUGAACUGAAACCUUACAAAUGCCAACUCUGCUACUAUGAGACCAAACACACAGAGGAGCUGGACGCUCACCUUCGAGAUGAACACAAGGUGAGUCGUAAUUUUGAGCUGGUUGGACGGGUUAACUUGGACCAGUUGGAGCAAAUGAAAGGGAAAACAGAGAGCUCUAGCAGUGAUGAAGAAGAGAAAGAAGAAGAGUUAAGCCCCAAGGCUCAAGAGAGAGACCCCAUGAUGUUUCCUGACAGCAGUGCUCCAGAGAAACGCUUUCCGUGCGAGUUCUGCGGCCGAUCCUUCACCGAGGGCUCCGAGUGGGAGCGGCACGUGCUGAGGCAUGGCAUGGCGCUGAGCGAGAGCAAGCACAGGAGCGGCGAGGACAGCCAGCCCAAGGAGGACGGGGAGGAGACGGCCAGCACGCUGCCCGAGGAGAAGGAAGGCAUCGAGACCAUGGUGGUGGACUACUCCCACGGCGGGGAGACAGCCGUCAGCAUGGUGCCUGCUGACCAACCUCUCCUGGACACCCCGGAGGCCAAAAACGAAUAAGAGCAAGCGUUUGGUGUGGUUCUGAUCGACAGUACUUGAACAGUGAUGAGCGGGGCGGGGUGGGGCGGGGAGGGCAGAAGGAAGAAAUAAAGCUGCUUUUAGGACUGAAUGAUCUAUUUUCAAAGCACUGGUACCUGUGUGAGUGUGUGUAUAUUAAAGUUAUUUAAGUGGUGGAAUAAGUGGCUCCCAUUACAUCACUGCAUCUUUGUUUUCCUCCUGGAUCUGACGAUGGGAAGUUACGUUCAUCUUUGGACUAAUGAAGCAACUCCCCGUGUUUUUCCUACAUUACACAUCGUGCUUUGCAGUGGAGACUUCGCUUGUUUUAUGAGUGGAAGCGUCGUGAGCGUGGAAGAAGUGGUAGGGGGACAACUUUCGGGCGCACAAGUUUGUGUGCGUUUUUCUAGUUUUAAUACGUAACACUUUUCCAGACUGAAAGCAACUGCUUUAGAAAAGAAAAAAACAAAAAAAAAAAAAGAGAAAAAAAAAGAAAAAACAAAACCACCACAGGAAAAACAAAAAAAAAAAGGAAAACAGAAAAAAAAAAACAAAAAAACAAAACAAAACAGAAACUGCUUUGCUUAAAACAGUCACCUGUUUCCUAGUACCUCAGAAUUAACCAAGGGAGAUCUCUGCAUUUGUCAGUACUACCUGUUGUUGUUGUGGUUAAAUGUAGAGAGACUGCUGGGCAAGGUGGUGAAUGGAGGAAGAAAAAAAAAAAAAAGUUUUAAAGAAAGGAAAAACAAAUUGUGCUUAAAAUCCCAGUGUGGGUUUUAUUUCUUAAAAUACUGUGAUUUUUUUAAUUAUUUUAGUAAAAAAAAAAAACAAAAAAAAGAGAGAGAUACUUUAAUUCCUAGAUAACUGUUUGUGAAUUGUCAUACUUUAUUCCAGGUAAGCUGUUUGUUAGUAUUCAGUUAUAAUUUUAGUAUUUGGUAGAUUUCAUGUGACUGAUUGUGCGGUUUUGUUUGCCACACGUUUUGUUUUCUAUCAGCCUGAGGUGUUACAAAUACAGCACAAUUAAGUUUCUCAUGUAAAAAUGAGUAUUUCUUUUCGAGUGGGGGACAGGGCAAGGAGACUAGAUCUUGUGAAUAGAACCUUUUUUUGUUGUUGUCGUCGUCCUCGUCGUUGUCCUCGUUAAUUUUAAACAUAUGGAGAUAACAAAGAAGUUUUAACUUUAAAAAAAAAAAAAGACUAAAGAACCAAACUUACAGCACAGCUAUGCAGCUCAUGGGCCAAACACAUGGGUCCUCAUAACCGUUCUGUUGCUUGUCAUAUUAACAUCGAUCAGUCUCACAACUGUAACUUUUCGUUGAGAUUGGCUGCCUUUUUUUUUCCCUUUUAUUUUUUUUUUUUAAUUCCGUCUGUGGUUUGUGCGUGGGUUUUUAGUUGUUUUUUUUUUUGGGUUUUUUUUUUUUUGUAUUUCUGUUUUGUUUUGUUUUGGUGUGGUGGGAGGGAGGGGUGUCUGUUAACACAUCUUUUUGCAAGUGGAGGUGAGAUGGUUACACACCACAUUGAGCCUGGAGAACUACUUUUAACUCGAUUCAGUGGAUGGAGUUGCUGAGUUUUUUUUCACCUCCUCCUUAGCUUUUUAGCAUGAGGGGAGCAGUGUAGAAUCGAUAGGAACCUGCAUACCUUAAGUGGCUGAUCCUGCACCUACUCUGUAGGUACAAAGCCUAUUUAAACUCAAUUUGGGGAUUUUGCCUGAGCGGCCAAUACAGGAUCUGGUGCCCACGGUAUGUUCUGAUUGUGAACAAAAAAGAGGAAAAAAAGAAUUAAAAUUAUUAAAAAAAAAAAAAAAAGAGAAAAAUGAGAAAAGAAAAAAAAAACUGAAAAAAAAGUUUCUUUCCAAAAAGUAGAAAGUACUUGACUGAAACCUAGUUUUAGAAAUGCAUGUGUCUUCGUUUGUUUUUUUUGUUUUUUGGGGGGGAUCUGGGGGAGGGGGAGGGGGGAAAAUAGGAAGCUCUCCAGGAAAUUGUGUCCUGGAGAGCUUCACUUAAAAGCGAUGGCAAAAAUGUUGCAUUUGUGGAAUAAGUGCUACUUGAGAAGCAUGGUGUUUUGCUUUUGGGGAUUCAUCAAUUGUGUGUUAGGGGGAUUCUUUCGAUUUUUCUGUUGGUUUUUUUGUUUUGUUUUGUUUUGUUUUACUUUGUUUUGUUUUGGUUUCUUUUUUUUUAAUAGGGAGGGAACAUCAUAGAAAAGACACAUUGGAGGGACAAGUAUAAAUACACAUUUUGUGUCUGUAUUUGUUUCUUAAUUGGCCUCAUUUCAAAUAUAUUUAAACAGUUCCAUACCUGGAUUGGGUGUUUGUAAUGGUUACCAAAAAGGAAAAAAAAAAAAAAAAAAAAAAAAAAAAAGAAACAAUGAUUGUGACAUGCUUUUAUCACUACUUAAUUUUUCAAAUAACAUGUAAAUAUUGUAAUCCAUUGGAUUUUGUUUUGCUAACCUGUAAUAAAAAAAAUAUGGGACCAUUAUCCUUUUAACAAGCUUAGAAUGUCAUAUUUUUUUCCUUUUUUUCUUUUCCCAAAAAUGUAUACCUGAUAUAUUGUGGACACACAUUUUAGGUGCAUUAUUAUGAUUCUGUUGACUGUAAUGACAUAGAAUUGAAAAUAACAUUUUUUUCAUUGUUUAAUUUAUACAGAGGACUUUUUCAGAGUUUGACAGAAGGAAAUAAUAGCAAAAUGCUAACCCAUUGGCUUCAGCACUCGGUAUUUCCUGAUUUUAAAAUUACUGCUUACUGAUGGGGGAUAGGAAGGGGAUACUGAACUGUUGCACUGACGGGUUUGUUUUUUUUAAAAAAAAAAAAAAAAAACAAUGAAAAUUAAUAAAAACUUUUUAAGAGUG